ACCAACCACUUUAAAAUAGCGAAGAAGAAGACAGAGCGGAAGUUACGUCAGGUGUUGACAUGGCGUCUCACAUGUAAAUCACCGAGCUCCAAAAUUGUGGUGGAACGUCUUAGGAGAUUUUAAGGUUUAGGUAAUCUAGUUGACGAUCAACUCUGACUACCAGGACCAAAAAAAUGAGCACUCAAUACAGCAUCCUUUUCAAGCAAGAACAUGCACACGAUGACGCUAUCUGGACGGCAGCAUGGGGUAAAAGUGAGGCGGAUGGGUCAGAAACUAUCGUCACUGGAUCACUGGAUGAUACGGUGAAAGUCUGGAAAUGGUCGGAUGAGAAACUGGAGCUGCAGUGGACUCUGGAGGGCCACCAGCUGGGUGUGGUGUCAGUGGACAUCAGUCACAACGGAGCAAUCGCUGCCUCCAGCUCCCUUGAUGCUCACAUUCGUCUGUGGGACCUGGAGUCUGGAAAACAGAUUAAGUCCAUGGAUGCUGGACCAGUUGAUGCAUGGACAAUUGCCUUCUCCCCAGAUUCUAAAUACAUCGCCACAGGAAGCCAUCUUGGCAAGGUCAACAUCUUUGGUGUGGAAAGUGGCAAGAAGGAAUAUUCCCUGGACACUCGAGGGAAAUUCAUCCUGAGUAUAGCUUACAGUCCUGAUGGAAAAUAUUUGGCGAGCGGAGCUAUCGAUGGAAUCAUCAACAUCUUUGACAUCGCCACUGGAAAGCUACUCCACACACUGGAAGGCCACGCCAUGCCCAUCAGAUCCCUCACCUUCUCCCCGGACUCCCAGCUCCUGGUCACAGCCUCGGACGACGGCUACAUCAAGAUAUACGAUGUGCAGCAUGCCAACCUGGCUGGUACCCUGAGUGGACAUGGAUCCUGGGUGCUUAAUGUGGCCUUCUCCCCAGAUGACACCCACUUUGUCUCAAGCUCGUCUGACAAGAGUGUGAAGGUUUGGGACGCCAGCUCCAGGGCAUGUAUCAACACUUUCUUCGACCAUCAAGACCAGGUGUGGACCGUUAAGUACAACAGCACAGGCUCAAAGAUCAUUUCAGCUGGAGACGACCGCGCCAUCCACAUCUAUGACUGUCCUAUGUGAUGGACAUCCAGUACAAGCUACAGGAUGAGAAGACCCUCAGAGCUGUUUACUCUAAUCGUGGAGUGGAGGAUGGUAAAUCAGGGAGGGAGGGAGGGGUGGGAGCCAAGCUGUAAAUGGCAUGGAUUAUUUUGCACUGGACAGUCAAAUAAAAGGGGUGUUUUUUUUUAUACUUUUGUAGUAUUUGAGUUUUGUAUCAGUGAACCAGUUUAACAGAGCUGUGGAUUACACAUGAUUGUAAAGAGAAUGUCUUUAGGUUUCCCUGAAAGAGACAACAGGAGGUAAAAGAUGAUCAGACAGGUAAAACAUGUAACUGAUAUCAAUAGACAAUACUGUUGAAUAAUUAAAA